AGGGGCGGCUCCCCCCGCCCUCCCCUCACCAUGAGGGGAAGCGGAAGAGGCGCGGUCCCGGAACCCCCGCUCCUUCCCUCCCCUUCCCUUCUGUCCCGGCGGCGGUAGCAGCGGCGCCAUGAGCGUGCCCGCCUUCAUCGACAUUACGGAGGAGGACCAGGCCGCCGAGCUGCGCGCCUACCUGAAGGGCAAGGGCGCCGAGAUCUCGGAGGAGAACAACGAAGGCGGGCUCCACGUCGACCUGGCGCAGAUCAUCGAGGCUUGCGACGUGUGCCUGAAGGAGGAUGACAAAGAUGUUGAGAGCGUAAUGAACAGUGUAGUUUCUUUGCUUCUUAUCCUGGAACCUGACAAACAGGAAGCAUUGAUUGAAAGCCUGUGUGAGAAACUAGUAAAAUUUCGGGAAGGAGAGCGCCCAUCUCUCAGACUGCAGCUACUGAGCAAUCUCUUCCAUGGCAUGGAUAAGAACACUCCCGUGAGAUACACGGUAUACUGCAGCCUUCUUAAAGUGGCCUCCUCGUGCGGUGCCAUCCAGUACAUUCCAACUGAACUAGAUCAGGUCCGAAAAUGGAUUUCUGACUGGAAUCUCAGCACAGAGAAAAAGCAUACUCUUCUGAGACUGCUGUAUGACGUCCUAGUAGACUGCAAAAAGAGCGACACUGCAGCAAAAGUAAUGGUGGAGCUAUUGGGGAGUUACACAGAGGACAACGCUUCCCAGGCUAGAGUUGAUGCUCACAGAUGCAUUGUGCGAGCAUUGAAGGAUCCAAAUACCUUUCUCUUUGAUCAUCUUCUUGCCUUAAAACCAGUCAAAUUUUUGGAAGGAGAACUUAUUCACGAUCUUUUGACAAUUUUUGUAAGCGCGAAACUAGCAUCCUAUGUCAAGUUUUAUCAGAACAACAAAGACUUCAUUGACUCCCUUGGCUUGUUACAUGAACAGAAUAUGGCAAAAAUGAGGCUACUUACUUUCAUGGGGAUGGCUGUAGAGAACAAAGAAAUAUCAUUUGACACAAUGCAACAGGAACUUCAGAUUGGAGCUGAUGAUGUAGAAGCAUUUGUUAUUGAUGCUGUAAAGACAAAGAUGGUAUACUGCAAAAUAGAUCAGACACAGAGAAAAGUAGUUGUCAGUCACAGCACACAUCGGACCUUUGGAAAGCAGCAAUGGCAGCAGUUGUAUGACACUCUAAACACCUGGAAACAAAAUUUGAAUCAAGUGAAAAACAGUCUCCUCAGUCUCUCAGACACUUAAAAAAUGACCUAGAAAUGUCUUACUACAGAUAAUUUUUAUUAAAAAUUUUGACAAUUUGUGAACACUUCUAAAAUGUAUGCAAUUGGUUUAUAGAAGCCAAAUAUUUUAAAUUGAAACCAAAAAAAGGCAAUAAAGCUAACAAGGGAGAGUA